UAAAUCCAUUUUUAUUUAUUUAUUUAUUUAUUUAUUCUCUUCUUUAGACUUCUCUGGCUGCGAUCUGUUAGUCAAAAAUCUUCGAGUGCUUUUUCUCAUCACAUAACAGUCACUUUCUUUCUUUCUAAUCUCCAUUGCUCAAAAUCUCUCUUAGAACCUCUGUUAAUCAAAAUCACCUUGAUUUUUAUUUUUUUUUUAUGACCAAAACCACACCCACCAAUGGAGACAAUCAAAUGCAGAUCAAUCCCCAGCAGCAACAAGAGCAAGCUUGCAAGAACUUUCCAAAAAGUCAUAAACCUCAAGACUGCAACAAGAAUUGCUUCCAAUAAUGGAAUUGGGAUUUGCAUGCUCACCCCACACAACAAAUUUGAAGAUGAUCCAACCACAAUUUACAAAUCCCAUAAUGACAAGAACAAGGAAGAUUCUAAAGCCAAGCGCAAAGCAGUAUUGGAUGCAUUGGUGGCCAAGAUAUUUGCAGCCAUCACCGCCAUUAAAGCAGCUUAUGCUGAGCUUCAAAUGGCUCAGAAUCCUUACAAUAGUGAUGCUAUACAGGCCGCAGAUCAGGCUGUCGUGGAAGAGCUCAAGCUACUUUCUCAACUUAAACGAAGCUUUUUCAAGAAUGAUCUUGAUCACCUCUCUCCACAGGUUACUCUCAUGCUUGCAAAGAUUCAGGAGCAACAGAGCUUGAUGAAGACUUAUGAGAUCACCAUCAAGAAACUGGAAGCGCAAGCUGAGGUUAAAGUUUCAGAUGUUUCUUCUCUCAAGAAGCAGCUUGAUGAAUCCAUUGCAUUUAACAAGUCUCUAGAGAAGAAACUGAACGCAAGUGGGCCUUUGUCGAUGUUUGAUAAUAUUCAGUUCUCAAUCUUAAACACAACCCACUUCGUUCAAUUCCUGCAUUCUGCUCUGAGAUCCAUGAGGAGUUUUGUAAGGUUGAUGGUUCGAGAAAUGGACGUUGCUCAUUGGGAUAUUGAAGCAGCUGCAAAAGCAAUCGAACCUGAAUCCACUUUUGCCAAGCCAACCCACCGUUGCUUUGUGUUUGAAUCAUUUGUGAGCAAAACAAUGUUCGAGGGUUUUAACUAUCCAAAUUUUAUGCUCCCAAACGAAUCUCCACCGCCGAUGGAACACCACCGCCAUUUUCACAGUGGUGAACACUACUUCAAUAAGUUCAAGAACUUAAAAUCAGUGAACCCAAAACACUAUUUGACCCAGAAUCCAACUUCGUCCUACGCAAGAUUCACAAGGGCAAAGUAUCUCCAGCUUGUUCAUGCAAAAAUGGAAUGUUCUCUGUUUGGCAAUUUGAACCAGAGGAAGCUAGUGAACUCCGGUGGAUUCCCAGAUUCCGCUUUCUUUACAGCUUUUCUUGAGAUGGCUAGGAGAGUGUGGUCUUUAAACCUUCUGGCCUUCUCAUUUGGUGAAAAUGUUAGUAUUUUUCAGGUGAGCAAGAAUUCCAAAUUCUCUGAAGUGUAUAUGGAGAGUGUAACCCAUGAAUCUUUACUAGAAAGUGACAGUGUUGACACCGAUCUGCGGGUGGAUUUCACGGUAGUUCCCGGGUUCAAGAUCGGUAAAACUGUGAUACAGAGUCAGGUUUAUUUGUCGCCGGCAGUAUCUCUCCGGUGAGUGAGUUUGUUGAUUUUUCUUAUAAUUUUUGCUUUGUAGUAUAAUUUUUGUAAUAUUUAAUACUUAUAACAAUAAUAAAUGAUUACCAAGUUCACGCGCUUCAUGAUUAA